AUGAGCGAUUCAAGCAUUGACUGGCAUAAUCUCAAUGGCAUGGCAAUUGCAGAUUUAAAGGAUGCCUGCACAAGAUACAGCAUCAAUGUUGAUGGUAAGCCAACUAAAAAAACGUUAAUUAAAGCUUUAGAAAAUUAUCACAACACAAAUUACCCCAAUUCUCCAAAAAUAGAGAAUCAUGGAAGCAGAGAAUCUUCACCAGCACAACAGUUAAGUCCAAGAUCUGUUUCACCUGUUAUCGCAAAUAAGAAGAAGAACGUUUCCCAGUUUGAGACUCCAAAGGAACCACGCGCAGUUAGCCCAUCAAUUAAGGAACGUACAGCAUUAGGUUCGAAGAAAUCAGUAUCACCUAAAAAGUUAAAUAGGAGAAAAUUCUUCUUUGUUGCUUCCGGCGCAAUUUUCUUCCUCCUCUUAUCUAUCUAUUUAUAUUUGAAUUGA